CGGCUCUAUACAUGAUCUAUAGGGAAGCAUUUCGAAGACUUCCGAUGUGAGUCACUAUGGAGUAUGCUUUGCCACCCCAAAUCUGGCACGUGACUGCUGUAUCCAAGGCGGCGGCGGGACCUGAAAGUAGCAAUCCAUGAGCAGUCAACCAGUGGAGCAGUUGCCGACCUGCACCGCUCUGGAGAUGUGAGCAUCAGUCGUGAUGCCCUCUUAUUUUUACCACAUUGCGAUCGAACUAUUUACUCACCCGCAAUCUGACCUCCAAGGCGCCUAUCCAGGCGUGGACAAGCACGCUUCCACGUCACUGGCGUUCGACUCCGCAUGUGAAGCUCUACUCCCGUUCCAGAAGCGCCCGCGGCCCUCUACCUGGACACACCGAUCCUCUCGCCAUCAAUCGGUUGCAAAACAUCACCGUGCGAAUCCUCCCACCGAAACCGGUCUCACAAACACUGAAGCCAACGUUCGAGAUACCACUACCCCUCAUCCCUACGUGAGCUCGCCGACAAGCGCAUCCGACCUCGAGAAGGACCUCCGAUUUGAUAAGGUGUCUAUCGAGUGCAUUGAUAUGGUUCCGUCUGAGCAGGAAGCGGCAGCUGCGAAGCGGACAGGUUGGAAAGACCCCAAAGAAAACCCGAUCGCGACGGGCAUCGGGACCGAUAUCCUCGGUGGUCUCCGCACGAAAGGCCAAUACAUACCGCUGGAUCAGAGCACAUCGGAGAGUGUCUGGGGAAUUGUACACCUAUAUCGGGACACCCAGGAAACACCGUACCUGGUAGAGGAUGACUAUCCAUCGUACCUGAAGGGUUCUGCGGCCGCCGCGAGACAACCAUACGAUGAGCCGGGCGGAAGUAGCAGACCCCCGCGCGGGGAGGAGUAUAUGCCGGAUGAGGAUUGCACAACGCUCUGCAUUCUAGCUGUUCCUUCUUAUAUGUCACCGUCUGAUUUCUUGGGAUUUGUUGGCGAGAAUACUAUGAACGACGUCAGUCAUUUUCGGAUGAUCCGGACCGCUCGAGCGAAUCGGUAUAUGGUAUUGAUCAAGUUCCGCAGCGGAAAGAAGGCCAGAGAAUGGCAGAAGGAUUGGAAUGGGAAAGUGUUCAAUAGCAUGGAGCCGGAAACGUGUCAUGUCGUCUUCGUGAAAACUGUUGAAAUCCAAGCCGUUGAGCCGGAAACGCAGUCGGAUGACUCGCAGAGCGGGCUGCUUUCUCCUCACACCGCGAUGAGCCCUAUACGCACGACACCAAUUUCAACCUCUCAAUCAGCCAUACCCUCCGCUAGUCUCUCGACCAGGCCUCUGGCGCCUCCGACACCAGCACUGAUCGAGCUUCCAACAUGUCCGGUGUGCCUGGAACGUAUGGAUGAAACCACCGGCUUGCUGACCAUCAUCUGCCAGCAUGUGUUUCACUGCACGUGUCUACAGAAGUGGAAGGGCAGCGGCUGUCCCGUCUGCCGAUACACGCAGGACGACGUCCGACGGAACAGCCAAGGUGCGCUGUAUGACGACGAAUCAGCCGAGUGCAGCGUGUGUCAUUCCGAUAUGAAUCUGUGGGUCUGCCUCAUCUGCGGGAGCAUCGGCUGUGGGCGCUACGACGGAGCCCAUGCCUUUGAGCAUUACAAGGACACGGCGCAUGCCUUCGCCAUGGAUAUUUCUACGCAGCGCGUGUGGGACUACGUUGGCGACGCCUACGUUCAUCGUAUCAUUCAGAGCAAAACCGACGGCAAGCUCGUGGAGCUCCCUGCAGCGGAUAACAGCGCCCUCGACCCUCCGGACUGGACGGACGCCGUGCCCCGGGAAAAGCUUGAGAACAUGAGCGUGGAAUAUACCCACCUCCUCACCAGCCAGUUGGAGAGCCAACGGGCUUAUUUUGAAGAGGUGGUCGAGCGUGCCGUGGACAAAGCAUCCCAGGCUAGUGCGGCGGCCACUUCGGCACAGGAAGCGGUCGAGAAAGCCACCGCAAGUCUCAGGAGUCUACAGGGGCAAUAUGACGAUCUGACGCGCGAGAUCAUUCCCGGCCUUGAGCGAGAUAAGGCUCGAGCCGAGAAACGGGCAGAGAAGUUCGAGUCGAUGACGCGCAAGAUGGAAAAGGAGUGGCGGGAGGAAAAGACGAUGAACGAGAACUUGAUAGAACGGGUAGAACUGUUGAAGUCGGAAGUGGAGAAUCUAAAACUGGCGAAUGCGGACCUGACAGAGCAGAACCGGGACUUGACCUUCUUCAUCAGCGGGUCAGAACGGUUGAAGGACCAAGGCGAGGAAGUGGUGCAGGGGACAGUGAGUGUUCCUGAGCCAGAGAAGCCCAAGAAGAAAGGAAAGGGAAGGAAGAAGUGACGCUUGUCGGUUCUCGAUGGAGACUACAGGCUCGCCGGUCGAGUCGGUCAUUACAGCAGCGAGAUGCAGUUGCUUCGUACAGCUGCCCUUUUAUCAAUUACCCGUGUACUCUAAUACCAUAGCCAGGCCAUUAGCAAUGCAACAGACUUAAUCC